CUACUACUAAACUAUUACUACGCCUACCAUUACCACUAUAAUACUUGAUUUUGCCACACGCACUCGUUUCGAACGCAUGCAGUUGUCUGCUGACGGUCAACCCGAUGGUAAAAUGAACGGGAAAAAAUGCAACCGCGUUUUUAUAUUAUUUUACUCGAAACAAACGAAUUCGUGACGAACAGGGUUUUUUUUCCCCGCAGUGGAAAACACUAUUAAGUGUGCGUCGAUUGUACAAUACACGUCAUACAAUAGUAAUAACAGUAUCACAUAUCCUGUAAUAUUCGUCUGCGAGGAGCGGCGUGUGGAUAAAAAUGAACAUACUGUUCAGAAAAAACUUCCAGGCCGAGGGGUCCUCUAAGGAGAGAAGCUAUUCCAGCGGCCUUGGCAGGAGGACACCCAGCGGCAAUACCAAUGCGCUGGGAACCGUGCGGAGGACCAGGGAAUCCAGGUGCUCGAUGAUGAUCGACUCGGAUCAUACUUGUCCGUUUAGGACCCACAUUCUCCUGGGUCACGCGAAUUUCCCGCAGGAGUUCGAGGACUUUGUCGGACCGCCGCUGCUGGCACCGCCGAAACCCACGUCCGCCGUGCCACUGAUACGGUGGAUCCGGAGGAAACAGUCCACGGGCAAGAUGGACACGGUGAUAAACACGCCUCAGUUCGCGAACGGCACCGGGACCAGCGCGAAUACACCGGGAUCGGUCAACAACAAUCCGCUCGAUAAGAAUUGCAGAGGUCGCCAUGGUUCUUAUACCACAUCAAACGCUCCUAAUAUUGCAAACGGUGCACUUCACGUCAGAAAAGUUGACUCGGUGAGCAUUGCAAAUUUAGAUAAAGACUGUUUUAUCAUACCAAUCGCUUAUUUGGACCGAUUUCUACCCGACGGGGUUAAUCUUCCCACGAUUCCGAGUUCAACCAGCAAAACCAAUAAUGCUUUAAACAUGGUCGAAAUAGACGACCCCAAAACUUGUCUAAUGUUUCACAUGAUGACCACGUUGGAACCGAUAGAUCCUGUUUUAGAAUCUCCUUUAUCGGACCCGAUGGCCAGACAGACUGCAGCUGCGUGUUCGCUGCUUACAGAAAUAGCAUCGACCAAAGUGGCUUCAGAGGGCAUGUUGUUGGCAAAUUUAGAAAAAGACGCCGUGUUCCCGUUCAUCACGUACUAUGUUUUGAAUAAGUCUUCGGUGUCCAAUCCACGAGAAGUAGCCGUAAACGUUCGCAAUACGACGCUAAAAAAGUUCGAUCCACGGGUUAUCAAGCACACCACCGACCAUACGUUUGACUUGUUCACCGAAGUAGCUAACAUCGUUUGCCCACCAAUGAGCCAGUCGAAAAGGCCCAGGGGCAUGCACACCGCCUAUAUAAUAUCUGUAUAUAAAGUAUUCGACGGCGACGACAGUGAAAAGUUCGAGAAACACUGGCUGUACUGGACCGGCGCUCGUAUGAUCUACAACUAUCUACCAAAAUCGGCCGGCCUCAGAAGGAUCACACUACAUAAAUCGCAAUCAAACGGCGACAAACAGUAUAUACUAAUGUGCGAGUGUGCUAAUCUACUACAAGACUUUACAUCCGUGGCCAGAUUGCUGCCGGCACUCAAAGCCAGGCUGUGUGGGUGCACGGGAGUUUACCGUUCUAUAUUUAUAAUUUAAACAUGACAAUCGUUUAUAAUACUUAUGUAAAUAUAUUUGUACUUAUAUUGUAAGAGGGAUUUCGCGGCAAUACCAGUGGGUUAAUGGCAAACAUAUUCGGGCAACUUAUACUAAUGUACUGUUAUAUAUAGUAACAGAAUAAUACAUAACGUUUGUUCGAUACAUUAUAACGACGUGGCCUGCAAUGUGGCAAUAUAUAAUGCGACCAACCAAAACAAUAAUUGUAAUUAAACUAUGUAAAUACAUAUUAUGGAUAGCAUACAUUUUAUGUACCUAUGUGAACAUUAUUUAAAACUUAACGUGUCAUUAUUAUUUGGAAUAAUUAAGUUGACUCACAUCUCACUAGCUGCGGUCGAGCAUAACUAUAAGAGUGCAAUAGGGAUGUAAUUUGGGGGAGGGGCAGGAGUAUGAAUUUUCCUAACCCUAGACUUAAAUGGACCGGCUGACGACCCCGUAUGACAGGUUAUCAUGAAAUGUCUUGAAUUACGGGCCGUGAUACAACAUACAAUUUAUUACCUAUGAAUAUUAUCAUUCCAAACACUGAGAUCAGAGAUAGGUAACAAUAUUAUAUUGUCGCUUAUUUUGUAAUAGGUAAGUAAUAUGUUAACAAAAAACGGGAGGUACUUAAAUGGAAAUAUAAAAAAAUUAAUAUAUUCCUCAGGUUACACCCCCUAGAUUGGUUCAGUUAGUUAUAAAAUUGAAUUAUUGAAAGUUUAAAGACAAUCAGAAAAAGUUAAGCCGUACCACAAGAGCUCCAAACUUAUUCAUUUUUGAUUUUCACAUAUUAUUUUAUAUUUUAAAUUCUAACCAAUGUAAUAUUGAUUUUACACAA